AACCAGAACUCCUCAUCAUCUCAUACUCCCCUUUACCUCACUCUCCUCUUUCGUUUAGAAAGUCCAGCUCAAAACACUUCUCUGCGCUGCAUGGACUAUAGAGGACAUCUUAGUCCUGAAGGGAUAUUUUAGGGUCUAAGGUAGGCUUGUUGUAUCAUGGCUUCUUCAAACCCGUCCGUUUGUCCAAUCAGGAUCAACCUAGAUGAUGAUCGCGAAGGAGAGCACGUUGGUUCCACUGACUACUACUUUGUGAAGAUAGGAGAGGCCGUUCCAUUGAUGUCCAGCGACUUCAAAUUUGAUCUUGAAAGCCUGCCUUGUACGCCUCUUGCUGUCUCUGAACGCUUUGGCCUCAUUUUUGUCGCUCAUUCGUCAGGGUUCUUUGUUGCAAGGACCAAUGACGUCAUGGAUUCGGCCAAAGAGUUUAAGAAGGGUAAUGGUUCUCCAAUACAGCAGCUGAGUCUUGUUGAUGUCUCUAUUGGGGAGGUUCACAUAUUAGCUCUUAGUACAGACAACUCGACGGUGGCAGCGUCUGUUUCUGGUGUUAUACAAUUUUUCUCUGUUGAUAAACUUCUAAGUAAGGAUGUAAAGCAGUCAUUUUCCUGUUCGCUCAAUGACCCGAGCUAUGUUAAAGAUAUGCGUUGGAAAAAAACAUCAGAAAAUUCUUUUACCGUUCUUUCAAAUGUGGGGAACCUAUAUUAUGGAGAAGUUGGUUUGCCCCUUAAAGAGGUGAUGGGCAAUGUUGAUGCAGUUGAAUGGAGUGCAGAAGGCAAAUCUGUUGCUGUUGCCAGAAUGAAUGUUAUUAGCAUUUUGUCAGCCGAUUUUGAAGAACAGAUUUCAAUCUCAUUAUCAUUCAGAUCAUGGACUGGUGAUUCUGGCGAAAGCUGCCAUGUAAAAGUCGAUUCUAUCAAGUGGGUUCGACCUGAUUCGAUUGUUAUUGGAUCCUUUCAACUUGCUGGAGAUGGAAAGGAGGAAAAUUAUCUGCUUCAAGUCAUACAAAGUAGAGCUGGUGAAAUCAUUGAUGCUCAUUCUCAAUUAAUUGUGCAAUCCUUCUAUGAUAUUUAUCAAGGACUAGUUGACGACAUUGUGCCCAUUAAAUGUGGACCACACCUGUUACUGGCCUACCUAAAUCAAUGCCAGCUUGCAAUCAAUGCUAACAGGAAAAAUACGGAUCAGCACAUUAUGUUGCUUGGUUGGUCUGCAGAUGAUGAUAAGAGUGAAGCUGUGGUUGUUGAUAUUGAUCGUGACAAUUGGGUUCCAAGAAUUGAGCUUCAAGAAAACGGUGAUGAUAAUUUGGUCUUGGGGCUAUGCAUUGAUAAUGUUUCAAUCUAUCAGAAAGUUGGCAUUCAACUUGGUACGGAAGAAAGGACUGAGCUCACACCAUGUUGUGUUCUCAUAUGUCUUACCUUAGAUGGAAGGCUUGUCAUGUUCAAUGUUGCCAGUAUUGCAGAGAGUGAAGCUUCUGCUGAGGUGGUUUCUGUGGUGCCUGACGAGGAAAAGGAUGCCUCUUCAAAGCUUCCUGUGGAGGAAUGUUCUACUCUUAUUCAUGGAUUGCAGAAACAAAAAUUAGAGCAGGCUUCAGAGGUGUCUGGGAAUUUAAAACUCAGGCAAUUUGCAGAUCCUUGUCAAGAAACACUUGAUGAAGAUAUCACGAAGAGCCAAGAAGUGAAAUCAUUGGCAAACGUACAGUCUCUUAAGCCUGAUGAGCGGCAAAUGCUUCCAAAUGUAAAUCUGAAUCAAGAAUCUAAUGGUCAGAAUACAUGCAUGUCACAGGAGCAUAACACUAAGCUAGGUCAAUUUUCAUCAAGUGCUUCUCUAGAGCAACGAAGCAGGAUUGAAACCCAAAAAAUUAGAGGACUUGAAUGUGGCAGUGAUUCUUUUAGAGUGACAAGUCCUACUCCUUCUGUCUUGCCCAGUCAUAACAACUUACAAGAAAGUACUCAGAUGACUAAUGAAUUGUUUAACAAAAAUAAUUCAAGGCACUCACAGAUAUCUUCUUCUCGCCAAUCAGCAGGCGAUGUAAAUAUUAACGUUGUAAAAGAUCAUCCAAGACGUGGUUCCAAGCCUUUUGAUGUUCUGGAUACAGAUAGCUUGUUACAUGCUGUCAAUUACACCAGUAGAUCGGUUCAGAAUGAGGGACAAAAAGCUUCAAAAGGAGCAGGAAAUUUGGAAAUGCUCUCCUUUUGUGCCCCACAACUUCCAUUGAAUGAAAAUAGUGCAGUUGAGAAACCUUCCAUUCAUAAAUUUCGUGGCAAAGAGCAUCACAGAGCUUCUACGCUUGGGAUAUCGACUUCUGAACUGAACCUGUCAAAGCAGUUUGGCAAUAUUCAUGAGAUGACUAUAGAGCUGGAUCUGCUAUUGAGGUCAAUAGAAGAGGCUGGUGGCUUUACAGAUACUUGCACCAGGUCACUUGUUAGUCCAGUUGAGCGAUUGGAGCAAGGCAUGGGCACUCUGUCAGAGAAUAGCAAAAUAUGGAUGUGCCAAGUCAUUGAACAACUUGGGGAGGUCCAUUCUCUUCUUGAUAAGACCAUACAAGUUGUGGCAAGAAAGAUGUACAUGGAAGGGAUUUUUAAGCAAGCUUCUGAUAGCCAAUAUUGGGACCUGUGGAAUCGGCAGAAGUUGAAUUCAGAACUUGAGCUGAAGCAGCAGCAUAUACAGAGUCUGAAUCAGGAUUUGACCAAUCAGUUAAUUGAAUUGGAGAGGCAUUUCAAUGUCCUUGAACUCAAUACAUUCAGUGAAUACAGUGGAACACAUGUAGAUCAUGCAACUAUUCAGAAUAGAUAUAGAUCUUCAAGAAACAUUCAGUCAUUGUGUAGUGUACAUAAUGCAAUGAAUUCACAACUCGUAGCUGCAGAGAAUCUUUCAGAAUCACUCUCAAAACAAAUGGCUUCAUUGAAUAUAAAGUCCCCGUCUGAGGAACAGAAGACCGUGAAGGAGUUGUUUGAAACAAUAGGAAUUCCAUAUCAACCUUCGUUUGGCUCUACAGACAUGAAAAAUGUUAUAAAUACUCCUUCAAGCAAGAAUUUACAGCUCUCUAAUUUGGCAACUGAUAAAGAUCAUUCUAAGAAAAAUCAAGCCAAUGCUUUUAAGGGCUGUGAACCAGAAAUGUCUAGGAGGAGAAGAGACUCUCUUGAUCAGAGUUGGACCUGUUCUGAGCCUCCUAAAACCACUGUCAGAAGAAUGCUGCUGCAAGAUGUCAAGAAACCAGAUAUCAAUAGAUCUUUCUUUUCAAUGGAUAAAGAAAAUAUUGACCUUGCUUUGCCAAAAAGAUCUCCGCAUCAAACGGAUUCCAGAGUCUCCUUAACUAUAUCCACUGCAUCUGAACAGAGAGGCAUUCAAGUUGCUCACCCUGAAGCUGUGUCAGAACACACAAAGGCAUUCAUAUCAACUAACAGCCUCCCCGCAUCUACCCAAAUUUCAGAGCCCAAGUAUACUAUGUUGCUGAGAAACAAUGUUUCAAUGGUUUCAUCAAGACCUGUAUCCCAUUUGUCACCUGCGAUAAUGCAUCAUCACUUGAAUGAAAAUCAAAAUUCGACUGCCAAAAGGUACAAUGCUAUUGUUGGGAAGUUCAAUUCAAUCUCAGAUAGUGAGAAUAAGCCUAUCUUGCAGAUGAAAAUUCCUCAAAAUUCAUCGCUAUCUAACUAUCCACCCUCAGAGAUAACUUCUAUGCUGAGUAAAUCCAGCGAAAUGUCUGUUUCUGCUGGUAAAGCGAACACGUUUACUGGUUGUAAAAUAGAAAACAAGUCUUCAAAUGCUGUAAAUUCUGAAUCUCGGAGAAUGCAGGACUCUGUGUUCUCAGCCUCGUCAACCAUUCCUCUAGCAUCGCCUUUUUUGGGAAAGUCUACCCAAUUCAAUGUCGACAAAAGCCAUCCUGGUGAAAGAAUUUUAGCAGUGCCUUCAUUUAGUGGUUCAUGCGGUACUUCAUCUCCGACCAUCAAAACACCAUUAACUUCUCCUUCGUCAUCCAUCUCAUUAGCAACAGUGCCUGCUGCGUCAGUCUCAGUGGACUUGAGUAGAUCUUUCACUAGUUCAAACACAAAUCAAGUCAACUCAACAUCUUCAGCUUCAGCUCCUUACUCUAAUCAAGCCCCCGAAUAUGUGGUGCCAUCAUGUCCUUAUCCACCUUCCUUGAAUUCAAACCUGGAGGCACCUAAAUCGGAGGUUCAACAAGUUUUGAUAUCCAGUUCAAAGACUGAUUCGGAGACAACUAAGGAUUUGAACACACAGUUGAAUGAGCGUGCGAACAAUGAAACUCAGUCAGUGCCUGAAGCUUCUGAAAAAUGCAGUCCUUCAAGUGCACAGUCCACAAACGAUGUUACAUGUUCUGUAUCAAGCUAUAUGUCAGUUUCUCAGCCAGAACAGCGUGCUGAUGCACCUAUGCAGUUUUCAACUUUCCCUUCUUCUAGUGUUACUAUUGGGAAGACUGCAAAUUUAGAUGCUACAAUCACAGAUGAGGAUGAGAUGGAGGAAGAGGCUCCUGAGACGAGUAACACUGCUGAACCCAGAAGCUUUGGUGGCUUUGGGAUUAGCCCUGCCCCACCGACUCCUCCAAUUGCGUUUUCUGUUCCUAAUGGAGAGUUAUUUCGACCUCCAUCUUUUACCUUCCCAAGCUCACAGUCUUCUGCACCAGCCCAGUCAACAAAUUCAGGGGCAUUCUCUGGUGGCUUCAGUGCAGGGACAUCUGUUUCUGCAACAUCUCAAAGUGUGUUUGGCCAGCCUGCACAAGUAGGAUCAGGGCAGCAGGCACUGGGAUCAGUUCUAGGUAGUUUUGGACAAUCAAGACAGCUUGGUAAUGGAUUACGAGGGAGUGGUUUUGCUGCUUCUAGCGGUUUUGGCGGUGGAUUUGGAGUCACUAGCUCAGCUGGUGGCUUUUCAAGUGCUUCAACAGCUGCUGGGGGUUUUGCAGGCAUAGCUUCAACAGGUGGAGGGUUUGCUGGUGUUGCAUCUGCUGGUGGUGGCUUUUCAGGAGCUGCUUCUGCUUUUGGUGGAUUUGCCGGUAAUGCUUCCUCUGGUACCAGCUCUGCUGGUGGCGGUGGAUUUGCAGGAGCUGCAUCGGGUGGGUUUGGGGCAUUUACGAGCCAGGGAAGUGGGUUUGGUGCUUACGGAACUGGUGGUGGAAAUAGUAAACCUCUGGAGCUUUUUACACAAAUGAGAAAAUAGUCACAUACAUGUCGCGGGAAGUAUAGCGACUAAAAGGAUUGUUGAAAAACACCGGAUUUUGUUCCCUCUGGACCACUAGAAAUGCAUGUUCUGUUUGUUAAAUUCUUCUCGUCCGUAUUUAACAUUAAUGUAAUCAAAUAAUUUAAAAUCAAAUCAUUUGAUAAA